AUGAACCACCAUUUGCCUGCGAUGCCUCAUGGGCAGCCGCCGAUGCCUCCUUCCAGACGGCAGCAAGAUUUCCCUUACAACCCUGGUCUUCCCAACAUGCGAUCUCCCCCGUACAUGGGAUAUUUACCACACAUGAAUGGCCACAUGCCCCCCGCCUUCCCACCACAGCAGUAUCCGCAGUGGUAUCCGCCCUAUGGCCAUAUGCAGGUUCCUCCACGACCUUAUCAGCCACCCUAUGGUCCGAUGAUUGUAUCCUCUUAUCCUCAUUCGCAACCCAUCAUGGCACCCAAUCAUAUUCCACCUCAUUCGUUACCCAUGCAACCGAGAACCUCGACUCCGUUGCAGCCAACAAUGUCUCCAUCUGUCCCAGCGGCGCAUCUUCAGCCCGAAAUUCAGGAGCACCACCCCACUGUCUUACCUGUUCAGCUACACCAGACUUACCCUGUCGCGUCUCCGCCCCCGCGAUGGGAACCGAAGGUCACUCCUGCCCCGAAGCCUGCUUUCUCCGCACCACUUCCUUGGCUCUCUGUCCCAGAGCUUCCCUUCCCCGCCAGAGCUCCACACAGACGUCGAAAGACCCGUGUGAUGCGAUCAUCGGUCGAACUUCCUAGUAGGGACAGAUUGCGAACCACUGAAGGAGAGGUUCAGAGUGAUGCAAAGCCAGUUGAAUCAGUCGCCCAAGCACCUUCUGAGCCACAAACCCCCACUACUUCGUUGCUCCCAUCGGACGCCGACUCCACGCAGCCUACGACUCCUUCUACUGCAAAGACUCAGGCUCAAAACAAAGCAUCAAAACCUGCUAUUCCUUUGGCUCCUGUUGUACCAAUUGUGCCCAAUUUCCCGGGAACUCCGCGUCGCCAAGCAAAAGAUGGCUCCAGUGUCGCAUCGGAAACACCGAAAUCAAGCACGGCGACUGCCCCGGAGACUAGUUCAGACUCCGCCCCUGCUGAAACUAAACCAGCCUCGCCUUCUCGCGCCGCUCCGAAAUCCUGGGCUGACUUGGUUCGCUCAAAGGCUGCUGCGCGUUCCGCAAAUGCCUCUGCUUCAGCUGAGUCAAGUGCAAUGACUACACAGAGGAAUGAAUCUCUUGCCGAAGUCUUGAGCAGUCUCGGCGACGAUGUCACCCAGUACAGCGACAAAAUCGCUUUCCUGGAACCCCGUGGACUCGUCAACACCGGGAACAUGUGCUACAUGAAUUCUGUGCUGCAAGUCCUUGUUUCUUGCGUACCAUUUUAUCAGUUUCUUGACCAUGUUGGUCGACGGGCUUCGCACAGCUUCCAAAGCGACCUUCCCUUGAUUGACUCGAUGAUCAUGUUCAUGAGAGAGUUUCGCGUCAUUGACGCCGCGAAUUCAGAAGAGCAGCUGCGGUUGAGACUGAAGCCUAACGAGUUGGAGCAAUACGGAGAAGCUUUCAUUCCUGAGUUUGUGUACGAGAUGAUUAGACAGCUGCCACGCUUCAGGGACAUGCGACGUGGUCAUCAGCAAGAUGUUCAAGAGUUUCUGGGAUUCCUUCUUGAGGAAAUGCACGAGGAAUGUGCUCGUGCCGCCAAGCAUACAUUGGACAAGGCUCAAAAAGCACAAGACGCCGGCGAUGCUAGUGCCGCCGAUGGAGCUUCUGGUGACGGAUGGCUCGAAGUUGGUCAUAAGCAAAAGGCGGCAGUUACUCAAUCAUCUGGCGCCAUAAUCACAGAAUCCCCGGUCACCAAGAUCUUUGGAGGAAAGAUCAGAUCAGAAUUUAAGGUCCCAGGCAACAAGACUUCUGUGACUCUUGAGCCUUAUCAGCCUUUGCAACUCGACAUUGGGUCGCCCGAUGUUCAUAAUAUUGUCGAUGCGCUCAAAGGGUUGACCAAGCCAGAAAGCAUUCAGGGUGAUUUUAACUCCUCACGCGGCCCCAACGUCACGGCAACUAAGCAGGUCUUCAUUGAAACCCUGCCGCCUGUCCUCAUUCUUCACCUCAAGCGCUUCCAGUACGACAAUCUGACCGGGGCCACUCAGAAAAUUUGGAAGAAGGUUGGAUAUCCCCUGGAUUUGGAGAUUCCGCGGGAGGUCUUCCCGGCUCAUAGGCGCAAUAUCAUAACAGCCCAAGGGGGGCUCCCACAGUACCGUCUCAUGGGGGUUAUUUACCACCAUGGGAAGAAUGCCAGUGGUGGUCACUACACUGUUGAUGUUCGGCGCCAAGAAGGACGGGAAUGGAUCCGCAUGGAUGACACCGUUCUUCGCCGCGUUCGUAGCGAGGAUGUGGCGGAAGCCGGUGGCGAAGAAGAUCCCAAGAUUCUCGCCGCAGCCCUUGAGCAACACAAACAGGAAAAGAACCCCAGCGCCAACAUCUUCGCCCACAUUGAUCAAGAUGAUGUGGAGUCGGCUCACAGCGAGAAGGGGUGGAGUCAGGUCAAUGGAAACGGUACCAGCAGCCACGCAACCAAGAAGCCAGUCAAUGGGAUAACACCCUCUUCUGGGCCUUCGUCUGGGGUACGCACUCCCCUGGGUCGAUACGGCAGCCGGGACAACCGAGUCGCCUACUUGCUCUUCUACCAGCGAAUGGCUUGA